GUUUAUCCAAGUUGCGGUGGGAAUGCCAUAACCUCACUUUUGUCUUAUGUAAGUUUCGUGGCGAUGAAAAUAAAAAACAGCCCGUCGAGGUGGAAAGCAGUCAGUUGUGCAGAUGGAGAGUACUGAGGAGGUGACUCUAGUCCCCAAUGGGACUGACUACAGCCACAGUUUGCAGGCAAAAGUGGCUCAAACAGAUCAAAUCCUUCGUCGGGCAUUCCAAGACUUUCUCCCCGAGCGUGUGUUUCUCUCAUUCAACGGCGGAAAAGAUUGCACAGUGCUUCUGCACAUGGUGAUAAAAUUCCUGGAGCAUGAAGGUAUCUCACUCAGUGCUCUGCAUUGCUGGUACUUCCAGCCAGAUGAUCCGUUCGCUGAAGUUGAGGAAUUUGUGAUAUUCUGUGAGAACUACUAUAGCAUAGAGAUCAAAAGGGUCCGUGGGACCAUUAGGGAGGCCUUAGGGAAAAUCUGCAAUGUCGAAGGAUCCCAAAAGGAUGCCUUUGAAGCCUGUUUCAUGGGAAGCCGGAGGACAGAUCCAUUCUGCAGCAACUUGGACCACUUUCAGAAAACCGAUCCCGGCUGGCCCGAUUUGAUGCGCAUCAGUCCUUUGUUGGACUGGACGUGCAAUGAUGUUUGGGAGUAUCUGCAGAAGAACCAUGUGCCCUACUGUCGCCUCUAUGACGUCGGCUACACUUCCCUGGGCGGCCGAAGCAAUACCUCUCCCAAUCCCAAUUUGCGCUACGUGGACCCCAAAACUGGCGAGAUCAAGUACUAUCCUGCCUACUGUCUCCGGAACGACGGAAUGGAGCGCGCUGGACGCAGCUGAGUCUCUCUCUCUUGGAUGUUUUUUUUCUUUUUGUUUUUUUUUUGUCUGUUUUGUGGUUGAAGUAUUAGCGCUCCUUGCGGGGGAUGGCGCAAAUAAACUGACUUAGACUUUUU